CCCGUGACCGCGCUGCUGCAGACGUCGAACUCCUGGGUCGCUCUUCUUCUUCCUAUUUUUCUACGUCCUCGGCGGCCACGAUUCAAAACUUGAAAGACAUGGCCUCUGGCGCGGUAAAGGCUGCAGCGACAGCGACAACUGGGAAGAUGGGAAUGGCGUCCUUCUCCACGGAGCAGUCCACGUCAGCAGCAGCACCUCGUACUAGUAGUAGCCCACAGGCGGGAGGUAGAAGUUCUGAUACCGGGCCCGGGCUCCAAAAAGCCAUCGAUGCCGAGUCCCGCGCAGACGUCGACGGGGAGAAUACCGCCAUGAACCUUAUUCCCGGGCAAAAUACGUUCUUCGAGUCGAUGUUGGGCCACCUAGAGCGGAGGAAGGGCAACUCUCUGCUGGUGCCGUUUUUCGGUGCGUGGCGGGUCACGCCACAAAUGGAUGUGGAGGACGAUGAUGAUGCAGCUCCGGGUUAUUUCGGUGCGAGGGUCGAGCAGGUGGAACACGGCCCCGGAGGACGGUCCACCCCCGGGCACGCUUCGGGCGUGACUACCGAGGCCAGCUGCUACUACACCCUGAUGCCAAACAUUGCCUUCAAGCGCAAAAAGAUCGAGCAGCAGGAGGCGACGCGUCGGAAAAAGCAACAGCGCGAAGAACUUCGGAAAG